AUCACUGCCCUUCUCUCCACGUCUACAUAAAAACUUGAACUGAAAAUUUUCCCGAGAACCAAACACCUAGCUUAUGACACUGUACAGGCCACAUCACCCACAGAAAUGCCUUCAAAUCCAGAACAUUAGUGUUCUUCUAAUCAUCAAUGGACAAAGAAUCUCAACUCCUCUCGCGCCUAGCCGUAAACCACCUCUUCCUCGCCCAAUUCGAACCCUUCCGAGCUGCUCUCCUUACUCUCCAAAUCCGAAACCCUAGCCUCGCCCGAGCCAUCCUGCAAACCAUCGUAGCCCAUGGCGCGCGCUUCGAUUCCAUCCUCUGGUCACAGUCUUGCCCCUCGCCAUCUCUACUGACAUGGCUAUCCACUAUCGAGCUCCUCCAAUUUAGCGAUUCUUCAUCUCUAUGGAGUUUUGAUUCCGAAAGCCUGAGGCUUCGCGCUGAAUUUCUCUUGUUGGUUCAUACUGUGAGCUCUAGGGUUUCGGAGAGUGCCAGGAAGGUGAUUGAUUUGGAUAGCAUUGAAAAGGAUGGGUUGAACGAGGGUUUUGAAUCACGCGCUGAGUUAUUGGAGCAGCGCGAAGAAUUGCGGGAUACCAGUGAUGGGUUGGUGGAUUUGGUGCCGGUUCUGGAUCGUAUUGCGGAUUUGGGGCUGAGGCGAUUGAAGCCGGACGUAGGCGUUGGUGAUGGCAGUGGAAUUAAUGCAAAUCAGGGAGAUACGAUUUUUGAGGAAACGGAGUUCAUGGGUUUGAGGAAUGUAGUUUUAGAAUUUCCGGAGAUUUUUGAUGCACUGUGUUGGAAUAUUCAGAGGCAGUUUCAGUGGACCGAAGGAUCCAAUACAGGUUUAGCAAUUACUAUAAGGAACGAAGAGAAGGGGAUGGUGGAUUUGGAGGAGGGGGAUGCUAGGUUUCUUGGCUUGAUACUAAGGAGUGUUCAAAUAACCCAUUUGGAUGCUAUGAAGGAAAGCAUGGAAAAGGGUGAUGUGGACAGGGCAAUUUCCCAUAUUCAGUAUCUGCAUUUUGAUUGUGGAGUAGCAGAGGAUGAGUAUCGAGCGGGCUUGCAACAACUCCUCAAGAGUGUAUUGUCAAGAAGGGAGGGGUUGGGAGACUCUUGGCAUUUGAUGCGAGAAAAGUUACUGCAGAUUUAUGAAGGAGCUCUUUCAUCAAACUGUACACAUCUUGUUCAAAUGAUUCAGGUCAUUCAAGAUGAAUUUCUCUCUGAAGAGAUUGAAAUGUACAGAGCUACUGAUAACAACCAAAUGCCACCCCCUCUGGAGCGUUUUAAAAGAUCCUUUACAGAAUCAAAGCUUGAUGCAAAUUCGAAUGACAAGAUCUCAUCAUCGAGCAUGGCAACUAAUUCUUGCAUGAGAGAUAUGUACCAUUAUGCUCGUGUUUCUGAAUUGCAUGUACUAGAAUGUGUUAUGGAUACAGCCCUGUCCACCAUAAAGCGAGAGCAGCUUCAAGAAGCUAGCAAUGUUCUUACACUAUUUCCACGGCUUCAGCCAUUGGUAACUGUCAUGGGUUGGGAUCUAUUGGCUGGUAAAACAGCAGAAAGAAGGAAAUUGAUGCAGCUUCUGUGGACAAGUAAGUCCCAAAUACUCCGGUUGGAAGAGCCUUCUCUAUAUGGUAAUCAAUCAGAUGAGGUAUCUUGCAUAGAACAUCUUUGCGAUUCUUUAUGUUAUCAGCUUGAUCUUGCCUCUUUUGUUGCAUGUGUCAAUUCUGGUCAAUCAUGGAAUUCAAAAUCCUCAUUGCUGUUGUCUGGAAGAGAAACUAUGGCAAUUGGAGAAGAAGACAAUCAGUUUGACCCUUUUGUUGAAAAUUUUGUUUUGGAAAGACUUUCUGUUCAAAGUUCUCUGCGGGUAUUAUUCGAUGUAGUCCCUGGCAUCAAAUUUCAAGAUGCUAUUGAACUGAUAAGUAUGCAGCCAAUUGCUUCUAAUUUAGCAGCCUGGAAGAGAAUGCAAGAUGUUGAACUUAUGCACAUGCGAUAUGCUCUGGAAUCUGUUGUGCUUGCACUUGGAGCUAUGGAAAGGAGUACAAUUGAUGAAACAGAAAGCUACCACCAAAAAGCUAUAUACUAUUUGAAAGACAUGAGGAACCAUAUGGAGGCCAUUAAUAAUAUCCCACGCAAGAUAUUGAUGGUGACCAUUAUUGUCUCACUUUUGCAUAUGGAUGAUAUCUCUCUCAAUUUGACAAAUUGUGCCUCACCUGGGAGCUAUUCUGAAUUGGACAUUAAGUCUGCUUGGGAACGUACUGAUCUUUCUACUUAUGAAGGGGGUAACAAAAUGGUCACAUCUUUCAUAGAGUUGCUACUUGAUGUAUUACAUAAUAAUUUACCAUCUGCUGCGUUGGAACAAGAUCAUGCAUUGGCUGGUGGUGUCACUACUGGUGGAAGACAGGCCUUAGAAUGGAAACUCUCAAGUGCUAGACAUUUCAUUGAUGAUUGGGAAUGGCGCUUGUCAAUUUUGCAAAGUCUUUUACCUUUAUCUGAACGCCAGUGGAGAUGGAAGGAAGCAUUAACUGUGUUGCGUGCAGCUCCAUCUGAGCUACUUAACCUGUGAGUUUGAUGGCUUCUUUUUUUUUUUU